AUGAACCGAGGUGACGGGACAGCGGUCCCGUGUCUCUGGUGCAGAGGGAUUCAGAUCGAGUGGGCUAAAAACGAUGGAAAGCGAGAAAAGAUAUCCGAGGCAAUAUGCCGUAAUGAUUGGUCACCUCAAGGAGUUAUGACCAAGAUGACUAACAACUCGGUGGUGAGAACGAGUCCGAUCUUUGGUAAUCUCUGCACCGGCGCGAAGGUACUCCGGCCCAGAUUCGAGAUUGCGUACGAUCCCCAUGUCGAUCCCAACCCUACCGGGUAUGAGACAAAGCCAAAAGAUUCCAAAUCUUCAAAGGGCGCUAGCCGCUCUGCACCAAUCACUGCCCCCACUCAAACGGUUCAUGUUCUGGGUAACGGCCCACGGGGAGUGGAGGAGGGAUCAAGCCUGCGUCCGGUGCGGAUGAGGGUUAGCGGCGGCCAAUGGGCGCCACCAGCCAAGGGUGAGGCCAAAAGUAGGAGGGUUACAAAUUCCUCCUACUACUGA